AUGGGUACCAAGAUGAUGGGUAAGUUUGUGGUGUGUGAGGUUGGCUCUGGCAUUACUGCCAGUUUCUGGCAAGACUCUUGGACUCCGCUGGGGCCUUUGAUAGAGAUUACGGGACCAGAAGGUCCACAAGUUUCAGGCCUUCCUCUCGAUGCCUCAGUAGCGGAUGCUAUUAUCAAUGGGAAUUGGUGGCUUUCUGGCAUGAGGACUCGAAAUCCGCUCGUUCAGCUGCUUAAGCACUGUCUGCCGGCUGCAGAGCCCAUAGCCACUUCAGAAACCGACGAUAAUUUUGCUUGGAAGGUAGGAGAGCAGGCCCCGGUUCAGAAAUUCCCAACCUCAGCCACGUGGCAAUUUUUAUAUCCCUUGGGUCAGCAAGUCUCGUGGCAUAAACAGGUAUGGUUUGCAGGCCAUAUUCCAAAACAUGCGUUCUUCACCUGGAUUAAUGUCAGACAUAGGCUGCCGACCAGAUACAGGUUGAGGAGUUGGGGUCUGCAGAUUCCUGCUGUAUGCGUGCUAUGCUCCACUCAUGAUGAAACCCGACAGCACCUCUUUUUUGAUUGCACCUUUAGCACUGCGGUCUGGUCUUAUUUCAUGACAACAGUCAAUCUUCAGCCUCCUCAAUCUUUUGAAUCAACUCUCAGCUGGCUGAGCAGACCCUCCUUGAACAGCCAUCUUGUCCUCAUCAUCAGAUUCAUUUAUCAAGCCUCGAAGUACGCUAUCUGGAAAGAGCGCAACUCUAGAAUUCACAAUUCCACCUCCCGCCCUCCAGAAGCUAUCAUCAUAGAUAUAAAAGACCUCUUGCGACUCCGUUUGGAUCCUCUGUCUAGAGCUCUUGCAGCAGCAGCAGCAGCUUCAUCAUCCUCCAACCCGCCAGUGACUUUAAUGGGAACUUGGUUUUUUCUUUUCUAA